AUGGAUGAGUCCAUCGAGCCCGGCCCAUCGCGCUGUGACCCAAACAUUGAUCUUCCAUCUAUCGACGUGCCUCCAGAAAAGGUAAGAUUUCUUUUUCUUUUGAGCUCUUUAGUGGUACGUUGAACGAUGGAUAUUGUGUGGAACAUCCUAGCGCACGUUGUAAAAAAGAAAUCUGGAAAUUUGACAGUUGAAAAAGGGCACUUGUCAGUUCAUUAUUGCAUCAUUUUGCAGGAACUGAGGGAGAAACGCAAGAAAGGGCUGGAGAAGGCACGAAACAAGCUGAAGCAGCUAAAGCAAAGGAAGAUAAAGUUAGCAGAGAUCAGCAGGAACGUCUGGUUGUAUAAAAUGGAUGAAUCCAUGGAGCCCGGCACAUCUAGCAAUGACCCAAACAUUGAUCUUCCAUCUACCGACGUGCCUCCAGAAAAUGUAAGAUUUCUCUUUCUUUUGAGCUCUUUAGUGGUACGUUGAGCGAUGGAUAUUGUGUGGAACAUCCUAG